UGGAAGAGUAAACUUGUUUACUGUACCCUUGACAACCUACUAACAACCCAUACACGGUUGCAAAGAAUCGACAACAGUUAAGUGAACAAUGAGGUUGUUAACCGCUUUUACCUUUUUAUUUGCUUUGUUCUAUACAUCAAAUGCUGUUUAUUUUUACUUUGAUGGUUCUAAACCGAAAUGUUUCUUGAAAGACAUGAGCAAAGGAAGAAUGGUUACCGGUUCUAUACAGCCUGAACAGUGGAAUGAAGAGUUGAAGAAAUGGGUUCCUAAUGAGAAAACUAAAAUCCGUGUUCAAGUUGAUGAAACAUUCGCGAACAAUCACAUUACUUAUCAGAAGUCCUUAAUGAAUAAAGACAAGCUUCGUUUUACUCCUCAGAACGAAGGUACACACCGCAUUUGUUAUAUAUCCGAUAGUGAUGGUGGAUGGUUUUCUUCUACAAAGACUAGGCUACAUGUUGAUAUUGGUUCUGAUGAUAAAUAUAAUCUAAUAGCAUCAUCAGAAGACGAAGCAAAAAAUGUUGCUGAUCGUGUGGAAGCACUAAAUUCACGAUUGGAAAGCGUUUAUAAAGAACAACUCAAGCAACGUAACCGUGAAAUGGCAUUUCGCGAUUCCAGUGAGCAUGCAAACUCUCGAGUUGUUAAAUGGACUUUCGUUCAGAUCGUCAUACUAUUAGUAACUAGUGCUUGGCAGUUAUCUCAUCUUCAACAUUUUUUUGUAAAGGAAAAGUUGGUCUAAUCAACUCUUUAAGAGUCAGUAUAUUCGCCUGCUGCUACUAAACUGGAGGCAGAAUGUUACUAGCCAAUGAUAGAGCGCUCGUCUUUACUUGUAAUAGUGUCAAGCUUCUCUAAGAUCCGUUUAUAUAUACAAAUAAACUAUUAUGUUGUUAUUACCUAGACACGAAUUAUCUUCUCUUAUUUGCAACAGAAAUCGUAAAGGAGAAUUAUGAAUCUUGGACUACCAGAAUCUAUAUAAACAUUAAAUUAAGAUAUUUAUUCAUAAGCAAACAGUUUCAUAAAGCUUACAAUUACAUCUAAGUUUUUAGGUGCUCAGUGCUGGUAAGUAAACGAUGGAUAGUUCGUUUUGCAAUCCGUACCUUCCGUUGAGUCUAAGAGUUGCAUUUUUUUUAAAGUAUCUUGGAAUUCAUAAUGAACCGUCUGUAAACUUCCAAUAGCAAUUUGAAAUUGGAGUAGUUCGAUAUUAUAUCUUUCAAAUUCAAGAACUUCUUUCCCGAGCUGAAAUUUCGAUGGAUCAUCUUUAUCCAACUCAUAAUCGUAGGUACGAUUGGGCUGUUCCUGAAUUACUUUUUCAUUAAUAGUCUUGAAUGGCUCAGCAAAAUCACUGCAUGUAAUAGAAGAAAGUGAGGAUUCGCUGUUGGAAGCAUCCGUUAAGUCGUUGCUACUGCUUUCAGUAGCAGACCCCGAAAAUGACUGUGAAGACGUUUCCUGUUCCUCAAAUUUUUUGUCUUCAGAGGGAGAAUCAUUUUCUUUAGAAAAUUUCUCUUUUAAAAUUUCAGGUACCUGUUUAUCAACUGCUUUUUGGGAAGGUUCUUUAGAGAUUACGUCCACCGGUUUAAUGUUUUUGUAUAACUGGAGGGUUAAAUUAUUCAUUUGAAACUUGGGAUACUCCUUUUUUCCAAAGUAUGACACAAGAGAAGUGCAUACAUUGCAAAAAAAGGUCUGGAAACUGGGUAUAAUGUUCUGGCAUGUCUCCUGAAAGUAUUGAAUCUGGUUAAACAUGAAGCUUGAAAAAGUAAGUUGCAAACAAAAGAACGAAUUUGCUUCUCUUUUUAUUUUAAAGAAUGUUUUCUUGCAGCUCUCCAGUUCAUGGAGCAACUGUUCCCUGAGUACUUCCUGAUGGAUUGAAUAACUUUGAAAUAUUGGCUUUUGUGAGAAUAGUAUUAGGAAAUUUAUAGAAGACAUGGAAAACUCAAACAUGUCCUUUGCUUUGGUCCAUCCAAAAUGAACUAACCCAUUUGUUUCCAAUUCUUUGAUCCAGAAAUUCAGCUGCUCGUUAAUUUCGUGAAGAGGUGAAACUGCAUUCAUUUUUUUUAUAAGUUCAAUUUUAGAUUGACUUUGACUGUGAAAUGGUACAGGAAAUGACAUAGCGAAAAAGAUGUUAAACACAUUUUUCAAUCGAAAGAACAGCUGUAAAAACUUCAGACAAAUAAUCGUAUCUUUUUCGUAUCUACUUAAUUCCAUUAUGAAUUGCG